UGCGAAAAAUACAUAAUAAAAUUUAAAUUAAACUUCAAAACAAUGUCAACACGUCAGAGACACAGUACUGGUAAUUUAAAUACAGAAGGUUUAAAUUCUAAUAAAGAAACACCCAAGAAAGGCAUUUUAAAAAGAAGACCACACACAUUUCAUCAAACCAAACCAACAUCCAGCGGUCUUUUACCUUUACUUUUAAAACCAAUUGAAAAAAGGAGUAAGGUGUCUAAAAAUAAAGAAGAUCAAAUAAAAGACAAGAAAAAAGAUGGAAAUAUUCCUGAAACUUGUUUGGAAGAAAAAAUGCCUGAGAAUAUUUUAGAGGCCCAAUUAAUACAAAAAAUACCUCAACGGGUUGAAUUUGCUGAAAUGAAUGCUGUUUUUGGUGGAUCAGUAGAAACUGAAGGAGGUGUAAACAAAAGUUUUGAUAGUGUUAAUGAAGUUGAGAAAGCUUGUAUCCCAAAAAUUCAAAAAUUAGAAGAGCCAGAAGUGAAAGAAAAAGAGGAGGAAAUUUUGCCUAAACAAAAAAGAAAAAGGGAAGGAAAAAAGCCACCAGAAGCUAUUAAACAAAUAAAAGAAACAACAUUUCCACCUCCUCCUACAACGCCUCAGGAACAGCCUUCUUCAUCUAGUAGGGGAGAGGAGGAUAAAGGCAUUGAUCCCAGUGUUGUCUCACAAAUUGUAGGGAAUUGGUGGUUUGGUGAGCGGUCUGAACCUCAGGAAGAGCAACAAACACAGGGUGGUCAUGAAGAAAGUGAUGCUCUCAAAAAGGAAUUAAGGCGUGCCCAACUUGCUAGCAAAGAGAAAGAGCGCCAUUUAGGCCAGUUACGUGAAAGACUUGCUGAAAUUGAAACAAUUGUUUCGUCUGGAAGGAGUGCACAACUUGCAUAUUGUGCGCAAUUAAGCCAACGAUUGUCAGAAAGGGAACAGGAAUUUGUUACUGAAAUGGAUGGACUUAUAGCAAGUCAUGAACAUCGUGUUAGGCAAUUAGUUCAAGAAAUUGUUGAUUUAAGGGCUGAAUUGGCUAGGAAAGAUAAGUAUAGCUCUUCUGGCUUAUGAACAACUUUCCCAUCAAGAACAGUCAACUCAAACAGAUA